GAAGGCGGGAGAGCGGCGAUGGCGGAGGCGGCGCGGAGGUGUCCCAGCGAGGCCCAGGCACUCGGAACACCCCGGAAACGGAGCCGGGGCUCCCCCGGGCCCCAGGGUUCCCCCUCGGCCUUCAAGACCCCCGUGAAGAAACGGAUCAAAGCCUUUCCCGAGGGCCCCUCCCAGAAAUCCGGGAAUGGGGGCUCUGCUUCCCAGCUCCGGCUCUCUCCCAGCCCCGGGGAGGAGGGGAAGGAAAACCAGGGUGUCCCAGUGAAACCGGUGACUUCCAGGAGGCUGGACAUCCCCCCCCUCCAGGAAUUCCGGGAAUCCCGUGUUCCCACGGCCCCGCGGGGGGGAUCCCCGGGGAAAUCCCCCCUCAAAUCCCGCUCCUCCAGGCCCCCCGUGCCCGUGGGGUCCUUCUACGGCCGAGGGAAGAGCUACCUGGACCCCGUGGAGAGGAAGAGGCUGCAGGAGAUCCGGGUUUUGGGAAUGAGGAGCAGGGAUGGGAACGUCCCAGCUGCCGGCCGGGGGGAGAAUCCCGGCGGGAAUGGGGGCGGGAAUCCCCACCCCAGGGCGGCCAAACGCGCCCCAAACCCCGGGAAUGGGGGCGGGAAUCCCAACCCCAGGGCGGCCAAACGCGCCCCAAAACCCAAAGGGGGCCGGAGCGCCCCGAAAAGUCGGAAGGGCCAGGCGGAGAUCCCGGCGGGAAAGCCGAGGGGGGAGAAGGAAGGCGGGAAUUGCCUCAUCCAGAAGAAGAUGGACUCUCCCUUCCGGGUGCUGAGCAUGAAGGUGAAGCCGGCCCUGAGGCUCCAGCUGGGAGCGGCUUUUUUCGCCGCCGGGAAGAAAUCCCACUCCAGGAAAAACCCCGGAGACUCCAAGGCUCCCCAGGCGCUUCCCAAAGCCCCGCAGGAGAAGGCGGAGCCGGCGGAGGGGAGCGAAGCCCCGGAGGAGAGGGGGCAGUUGGGAAGCAUUCCCACAGCCCAGGAGGAAGGGAAGGAGAGCAGGGAGAGCUCUGGGAAUGUGGGAGACGCGGGACCUGCAGGGAAGGCAUCUCCAGGGAAAACCGGGAGCGUGUCCUGCGCUUCCCAGGCCGGAGCUGCGGAGAACGGGGGAGCCGGCGGGAUCAGCUCUUCCCCAGGCUGGGAAUCCCGGGAUUGUGUUGUCCUUUCCAACCAAUCUCCCCCCGGAGGGAACAAGCAGGCUUCUCCCUCCCAAGCCGUGGUGUAUCCCAUCUUCUCUGCCCCCCUGGCCAGCAGGAAAAGGCUGCUGGAUGAGAUUCCAUCUCCUUUCGGGAGCAGCCCACCCGGAAAAGCCCCUCACAGCUCCCAGAAAAGCAGGAAGGCCAAGGAGCUCUGCAGGCGUUCCCGGGAUCAGAUGAUCAUCGACGCGGGUCAGAAGCACUUUGGGGCCAUCAUGUGCAAAUCCUGCGGGAUGAUCUACUCGGCCGCCAGCCCGGAGGACGAGGCCCAGCACCUGCAGCACCACCAGAGGUUCCUGGAGGCUCUCAGAUACGUGGGCUGGAAGAAGGAGCGAGUCGUGGCGGAAUUCUGGGAUGGGAAGAUCGUGCUGAUCCUUCCGACUGACCCCAAAUACGCCGUCAAGAAGGCGGAGGAGGUGCGGGAGAUCGUGGACGGCGAGCUGGGCUUCCAGCAGGCGUCGGUGCGCGGCCCGGAGCAGAGCAGGACCUACCUGACCUACCUGUUCGUCAGCGGGGGCACCAUCGUGGGCUGCCUGCUGGCCGAGCCCAUCACACAGGCGUUCCGGGUGCUGUGCGAUGCGGGCCGUUCCCGGUGUUCCCGCGCUCCGUCCCCACCGCCGGGCCGUGCCUGGCGCUGCUCGGCGCGGGCGGAGCGGGCGCUCUGCGGGGUCAGCAGGAUCUGGGUGCUCGGGGCCCGGCGCCGCGGGGGCAUCGCCACCAGGAUGCUCGACGUGCUCAGGAGCACCUUCACGUUCGGGAGCGUCCUGAGCUCCCGGGAAAUCGCCUUCUCCGACCCCACUCCGCACGGGAAGCUCCUGGCCAGCAGCUACUGCCGGACCCCCAACUUCCUGGUCUACAACUUCCUCUCCCAGGAGGCCCCGCUGGGUAAACUGGGCUCGAGCUGGAUCCCUAAAUCCCUGGAUCCCUAAAUCCCUGGAUCCCUAAAUCCCUGGAUCCCUGUCUGCGGUUCCUGCUGAGCUCCCGGGAGCGUUCCCGGCAUUCCCGGUCCUGGGAGCCAACGUCACUUUGUGUACAGUGGGGGGAGGGUUGGGGAAGUCCCGGGAUCCCCUUGGAUGUGCUGGGUUUGUUUGGGAAUCCCGGGAUCCCCCUGGAUGUGCUGGCUUUGGUUGGGAUCCCCCUGGAUGUACCAGCUUUGUUUGGGAAUCCCGGGAUCCCCCUGGAUGUGCUGGCUUUGUUUGGGAAUCCCGGGAUCCCCCCCCUGGAUGUGCUGGCUUUGUUUGGGAAUCCCGGGAUCCCCCUGGAUGUGCCGGGUUUGGUUGGGAAUCCCGGGAUCCCCCUGGAUGUGCUGGCUUUGUUUGGGAUCCCCCUGGAUGUGCCGGGUUUGUUUGGGAAUCCCGGGAUCCCCCUGGAUGUGCUGGGUUUGUUUGGGAAUCCCGGGAUCCCCCCUGGAUGUUUGUUUGGUUUGUUUGGGAAUCCCGGGAUCCCCCUGGAUGUUUGUUUGGUUUGUUUGGGAAUCCCGGGAUCCCCCUGGAUGUGCUGGCUUUGUUUGGGAAUCCCAGGAUCCCCCUGGAUGUUUGUUUGGGUUUGUUUGGGAAUCCCGGGAUACCCCCCCAGAUGUUUGUUUGGGUUUGUUUGGUCCCGGAAGGGAAUUUUAUGGCAAAUAAGUUAAUUUUGGUGGAGUUUGCAAUUAAA